GAGGUAUUUCCUGUGACUGUACCGAAAGUCGGAAAGAUUUUUCUGCAAAGUACCAGCCCUGAGCUCGACAACUGGUUAUCCAGACAAGAGGACCUGUUUAUGAUUACCAUGACAACACCUUCUUGUGAUUGCUGAAGUAUAAAGAGAAAUGUGGAAUUCUGGGAUAUCAAACUGGGGGGCUGGAUCUACGGAGGGGAACUCCUUGGGAAUGGGGAAGAAGCGCAGCUACAACGACACAGGAUUCUCUUCGGACAACAAUGGAAGUGGUUUUGGGCCACCACCCAAUUCAUACAUGAAAACUGAAUUUGGUCAAGAAGAUUAUGGUUAUGGGGGACCCUGGCCUGAUUAUGAUAUGAAUUAUGGUCCACCACAUAAAACCCACCAUGAAGCACCAAGAGAUAAUGAGGAAGACAUGCUGAGCUCCAUGGGACUCCCAACCUCUUUCACAGCCUCCAUUGACCAAUCCAUGGAAAACUUUGCGGAGGACAUUCCUUUAGAGGCAAAGGGAAGGAAUAAUACCCAGGGAGCUGUGUACCAGACUCCAAUCCCUCAGAACCAGUUUGAACGAGGGGGAAGAGGAGGAAGAGGCCGAGGUCAGAACAAACGGGGUCAAGGGAGAGGAGGCCAACAAAGGGGUGGUGGACAAAGAGGAGGGGGACAGAGAGGGGGAGGGGGCCAAAGAGGGGGAGGAUUUCAGAAUAGAGGAGGAGGAGGAGGAUUUCAGAAUAGAGGAGGAGGUGGAGGAUUUCAGAAUAGAGGAGGAGGUGGAGGAUUUAACAAUAGAGGAGGAGGUGGAGGAUUUAACAAUAGAGGAGGAGGACAAGGGGGCUAUAUGAAGGGGAGUAACUUUGAACAGCCUGAGUGGGGAGGUGGUUACAAUGACGGAGGAGGUAGAGGAGGAAGAGGUGGAGGUGGUAAUUACCGAGGUAAUAUGCAGAAGAAGCCUGGUCUCCCUCCAAAUAAAGUUUUCAGUGGUAACAACAAGAGAGGCAGAGGCAGGGGUCGAGGGGCUGGACCAGCAGGUCAGUUUGGUGGAACCAUGGCUCCUGUACACAGUUUGUCCAAGGUUGCCACCCAACAGUUUGAUACAACCAACAUGUCUACUGCAGAAAAGAUACACAGAUUUGCUUUGUAUGUCCAAGGAGAGCCAAUGAAAGUGAAUGCAAUUCAAACUAUAGAAAAUGCCAUAACAGGAAGCAAACUCAAUCUAAAAACACAGUAUGAGGUGGAAGAGCUAAUGAGAAUCUCUGGUAAAUGGAUGUUUACAGGACGGCUUAUUCUGGGGGGAAUAUUUCUUGCUCGCAGUGUUGGAGCAAACAAAAAGGAAGUAAAACACGAAACUUAUCAAAAGGCAUUGAAUGUACUCAAGUCCAAAACAGUGGCAGAAAUCUUCAAUCUAACUGACCCUGGAGCUGAGGCUAUAAGAAAAGAAUUAGCCACUACACUAGACACAGAAAAAGAUGUCUCUAAACAGGCAGACACCAUUCUACAGAAGCAGACGGAACAAGCCAUGACCAUCAGAACCAAUCAAGAUGGCUUCAUCUGUCUGAUAGAGUACCUGAAGACAGCUCCAACUCUGCCAGAAAACAAGAUCUCAUGCUUGGAGCAGGCCAUGAGCGCCUCUCACUGCUCACUCAGUCACAAGUAUGACUUCAAGGCCUCCAGACUGCCCACAGGAAGAUUUUUCUUCCAUGGAAUCUUGACAGUAGGAGAUAUUGUAAUUGCUGUAGGCAAAGGACACAGGAAAAAGGAUGCUAAAGUCCACACCUAUGAAGAGGCUUUCAAAAAUCUGAUGAGCAAGCCUCUCCAGGAGAUAAUGCAGGGAAUCGAUGUGGAAGAGGAAGCUAAAAACGAGGAGGAGGCAAGCGGAUCUGGUGUGUCUGUUAUCAUGGAUGGCAAGAAAAUGUCAGUCAGUGAGAAAAUGGACAAGAUGAUCCAGCGCCUGAAGGAUGCUGUGUACAAGGAAAACAACAUUAACACAGUAGAUGCCUGCGCCACAAACCUAGGGCUGACCAAGACUUGUAUAUACCGAAAGCUGCAAGGCAACGAGGAAGGGGAAGCCUCCAGAAUAGCCUGCGAUCUGUAUCUGGAGAAGUUUCUGAUCGCCUCAGGAGAGGGGGAGAAGAGAAAGGAGGCUCAGAUAGAUGCCUAUAACAAUGCCUGGGAGGUGCUGAUUACCACUACAGGGGAGCACAUUGUCAAAGACCACAAACGACUGACCAAUGACAAUGAUGAUCCCUCCAUCAUUGAUGUCCAUGUAAAAGGUGCCCAGAAGCCCCAAGGAGACUCCAACAUGGCGGGUCUGAAACGACACAACCAAGACUACGAGGACCCGGCUAAGACGGGAGAUACGCUAGUGAUCCUGGAACACGAGGAGUGGACACUGGACAGGAAGAGGCAGGCCUUCUGUAUCCUGACCUACUCGGCCACCUCUAACGGCAUGCUGCUGCAGUGGAACACCAGCCAGGAGGGCAACAUGUUUAAGUGUGAUAUUUCACUUCAAAAUACGCACAUUGGGGAGGCCAAGGCCAUGAGCAAAAACAAUGCCAGAAAUCUAGCAGCUGCCAGUGCCCUGUUCAAACUCUAUGAAACACAGGAUGUUAUCAAGGUGACAAGGAGAGAUGACAGCAAACUUUGGAUUGCCUACAGCAACAUUCAAGGAAAAUCUAACAGUCUGAAGGAGAAACAAGGAGAAGGCGGGGACCCUGAUCUCAAACCAUCCAUGGAUGCCGAGGGAAAUGUCAUUCCUAUUGCAGAGGAAGCCGAUAAAUGGGUCCUAAAAGUGUGUGAGGAAAUCAUCAAUGAAUAUAAAGAUCAGUUCACUCUUGAGGAACUGAUUUUUGGACCAGGUAUGCCAUUAACUGAAAGCAAGGAAGUGAGAAACAUGGCCAAGUCCAGAAAUCUCCGUCACGACAUCCGCCAGCUAGACGGACAGUCGUACUUGGUGAUCCAGCACCGCAUGCAGCCACAGGACAUGGCGAAAUGUAUCCACACAUCGGCAGGCGGGAGAAGCGGAAAAUAUGUCCUGGUGGAGAAGAGCUCCUUACCCGUCUACCAGGACAUUGUACCCGACCUAGACAAGCAGAUUGCCCUAAGUGGUAGCCUGGCAGGCCAAACCAAGCGCGAGGUCAAAGCACCCAACCCUCUACAGGGAUUUAAGCCCAAGAUACUGAGCGAGGAAGAGGAAGGGGAGGAGGUAGUGUUUGACCAGGGUCAGAACAAACUGUACUGAGGGGGUGAGGGGUUGUUCUAAACAACCUGUGUGGAUUUCAUAGAAGGACUGUAGUUAACGUUUCUGUUACUGUGUUACUGUGUACUGUGCGAUUAUUAUCUUCAGUACAAGCAAUGUUUUAAACAUGUUGCAGACCAAGACUUUUAGCUUGAGUGCUAUACUAGUACAUAAUGUUGUUUAACUGUGUAUUGUGGAUGUAUGCUCUCCCCGAGUUGUUUUAAAUGUGAAGAUGAACAGGGAAUAAACGAGCAAUGCUCAUUUCUUA